GCACGAACACACCAUUCAUAUGAUUCGCGCCAACUUCCUGUUUGUUGACCAUUAAGAAAGUAGCAUCGUCUGCCACAUUCAGUCGAACAUGGACAAAACAUCUUACUGGCAUCGUGUCACCGUCUAGGUGAUGAACCCGGUUGUGAUGGCCAAGCUGUUGUCCGAAAUGGAUGGACUGACGAGGACCAUGGGGUCCAAGGACCGACAUGCCUCCCGGGUGCAGGAUCUGCUAUAUCAACAAAUGCUGGAACAUUCCACAUUCUGUGAUGUUACCCUCGUCAUUGGAGAAGUGGAGAUCAAGGCUCAUUGGUGUAUUCUGGUGUCCUGCCCGUUCUUCCAGUCUCUUUACGACAGUGGCAUGAGGGAGAAAACAGCAAGUACACCUAACAUUUGGAAGCGCGCCUGGGCUAUGAAGGAGGCAGUGAAGUUCCUUUAUGUUGGCACAGUGGAGGUCAAUAUGGAUGCUGUGAAGGAGCUGCUAGAAGCUGCAGAGUAUCUCCAGAUAGGAGAAAUGAAGAAGUGCUGCAGCGACUACCUCUUCCUCAUUGACAUCAACGUUGACAACUGUGUCAACCUGUCACUGAUGGCUAGCUUGUAUGACCUUGAGCUAUACAACAGAGCAUUCCAGUUUCUCAGAGGGCACCUGCCUGAAGUUAUGGGCAAAGAUGACAUCUUGGUUCUAACCAAGGAAUCCAUUGUGUUCUUAUUGACAGAUGAGACACUCUCCUAUGUAUCCCAAGAGGAGUUCUUUGAUUUCAUUUUUAGAUGGACAGUCCAUGAGUUAGAUGAACGAGAAGACAGCUUUCCAGAACUGUUUGCGUGUUUGGACCUUACUAAAAUGAGCAAGUCAUUCCUGGAAGACACAGUGGAACAUUGCCCCCUGGUUGUGAAGUUUGAAAAGUGUAAAGUACAUUUGUUGAAUGUUAAGGUGAAACAAAUGUUUGGAAUGCUUACUCACAGCAUAGAGCAGAAGAAUGUGAUCCUUAUCUGUGGUGGCAGUGGUCCAGGUGUGUACAUAGGCCACUUUAUGCUGCCGUACUCCGACUUCAUGUCGGUCAACAACAUGUUUGCUUACGUCAUAGAUGAGAAACGGUGGACGGAGUUAGCACCUUUACCAUAUGCCAUGCGGCGACCUAUGCUUGUCUGUGAUGAAAGUGGGAACUUGUAUGUGUAUGACAAUUCUAACGGACUAGAGGAAUUCUACCUGUUUCAGUACAGAGUCUCUGACAAGACGUGGACGAGCAUUAAAGUAGUGUUCCCUUCCAACUGUGAGAAUGUAACCAUCCAGAACAUGGUUUGUUGUGCCAACAGGAUUUUCUUCAUAGCUUCUGGCAUCUUGAAGAAGAACCAGGCUUCCAAUGGAGGAGCAGCAGCAGCAGCAGCUCAUGCUAGCCAGAACACCGCAUGGACAUGUUUCCUGAUGGAGGUCAACCAAAAUGCAGAGGAAAGUACCAUCAAGUGUAAACUGUUCCCUAGAAAUCCGAACACUGAGAUCAAUGUCUGUGCAGUGAACAACACCUAUGUGUGUGUUGCUGGAUGGAAGUGUGGCGAUAAAGGUGGGAAGAAGAGCAGACACAGUGCUAAGUUUGUCUACUUCGAUACAAAAUCUGAUCGCAGGUAUGAUGCAUCACGAGGCUGCAUAUUCGAGAACUACAUGUUUCCAUAUUCAGAUGGAAUUAUGGUUGGUAAACCCGGGGAAGAUGUCUACCCGUGUGUUCUCAUUCCAGGACAGAAAGUGGAAGCCGAAGAAAGACUUUGGAAUUCCCCUUCCUCCCGAAAAUGGAGAUCGUGUGGAUUUCUCGUACACAUGUGUAAGGAUGAGUUUUAUGUGUUUGGGGGAAAGAGCCUUGAGACAAAGGAACCGUUGAAAUCAGUGUUCAAGUACAACCUUGAGAAGAAACAGUGGAUCAAGGUGGAGGACAUGCCCGAGGCCCUGAUGGGGAGUGCUGUGUGUGUGGGCAAGAUGCCCCGUGAUCAUGUCCGCUGCCACAUCCAGUGUCCUCAUUGUCAGUAUGUGACUCGCCGCAGUCAGGCAACAUAUGACAUAGCCUAUUCCGACAAUCCUGAUGAUGAUGAUGAUGAAUACUCUAUCGACAAUUACUCCUAUGACUACUCCAAUCAUUCAUAUGUGUGGGAUGAAGAUGAUAUGAUAGACCUGGAUGAUGAUGACAUCUAUGAUGAAGACUAUGACUACUGGGCAACAUAGAGGGAAGCCACCACUUAGGUGACCUAUAUGGUGUGUGGACAUGUGCUGUCCAGUGGUGACAGGACAGUUACCAAACUAAAUGUGUUUACUGUAAGGAAACAGUUUUGAUUGAGCCAUGAAAAUAUAUGUGGCUUCAGUUUCCUAAUCACUCCAUGUAAUCUGACUCAUUUAAUUGUAUGGACAUUUUUAUCAAGUAUUUGAUAACUACAACAUCAUUUAUUGUUUUUUUUCCACAGUCUAUAUUGUAGAACACAAUUACCAGUCAUGCUAAGUGUGAAAUUCCUUUGAUAAGUUGAAAACAACAUGAUUUGUUUAAUCAUUUUAGCGUUUUGUUUUGUACAUUACAAUGCCUCUCAACUAUCAUGCUGUUUAACAGUCUUCUUAUAAUCUACUAGUAAUGACUACUUAUGUCUUCCAGUGACUGAGGUUGUCUUGUGGUCAGCUUCGUGCAAAGAGCUUAACACCUGAAUCAUCUGUAAUGUCAUUCUAUGUAUUCAAGCCCUGCAUAAUUCUCUGUAAGGACUGUGAACCCUAGCAAAUGUGCUGUAAGGACAUGAAUCAUGACAAAUGUAUCUGGAUUAGAAAUAUAUUUGAUGUUGAGCUGUGUUCUAAA